AUGGUUCGGGAGGGCGGCAUGGCCCGGACACCCCGCAGCUCGACCCAGGAGAUCCAGAUGGACGUGUUCGACAACCCCGGCCUCCAGGGGAAAUACAGCAAGCGGAAGAGCAGGUUUAAACGCUCUGAUGGCAGCACCUCCUCGGACACGACUUCCAACAGCUUCGUCAGACAGGGCUCCGCGGAUUCCUACACCAGCCGCCCCUCGGACUCAGAUGUGUCUCUGGAGGAGGAUCGUGAGGCGCUGCGCAAGGAGGCCGAGCGCCAGGCCCUGGCGCAGCUGGAGAAGGCCAAAACCAAGCUGGUAGCAUUUGCCGUGAGGACAAACGUGGGCUACAACCCGUCCCCCAAUGAUGACGUGCCGGUCCAGGGCAUGGCCAUCUCCUUCGAACCCAAGGACUUCCUGCAUAUCAAAGAGAAAUACAACAACGACUGGUGGAUCGGGCGCCUGGUGAAGGAGGGCUGCGAGGUGGGGUUCAUCCCCAGCCCCGUCAAGCUGGAGAACAUGAGGAUGCUGCAGGAGCAGAAGAUGAGGCAAAACCGCCUGAGCUCAAGCAAAUCGGGGGACAACUCCAGCUCCAGCCUGGGAGAUGUGGUGACGGGGACCCGCAGACCCACCCCGCCUGCCAGUGGUACUCUGGACAUGACUCAUUUAGCUUAUGACCUAGACGCCCUUGCCUUAGAGCUGGAGGAGGCUGAGGGCCUGGAGAACCCCCGAUCCCCUAAGGCUAGCGUCAGCAGUGUCACCACGUCCCCCUCCAACGUCAAGCACAUCCCCUUCUUUAAGAAGGCGGAGCAUGUGCCGCCGUAUGACGUGGUGCCCUCCAUGCGGCCGAUCAUUCUUGUGGGGCCGUCCUUGAAGGGGUACGAGGUGACGGACAUGAUGCAGAAAGCCCUCUUCGAUUUCCUGAAGCAUCGUUUUGACGGCAGAAUCUCCAUCACGCGGGUGACGGCGGAUAUCUCCCUGGCCAAGCGCUCCGUGCUGAACAAUCCCAGCAAGCACACCAUCAUCGAGCGCUCCAGCACCCGCUCCAGCCUGGCUGAGGUGCAGAGCGAGAUCGAGCGGAUUUUCGAGCUGGCCCGGACACUUCAGCUUGUGGCCCUGGACGCCGACACCAUCAACCACCCGGCCCAGCUGGCCAAGACCUCGCUGGCCCCCAUCAUCGUCUACAUCAAGAUCACCUCCCCCAAGGUGCUCCAGAGGCUGGUCAAGUCCCGGGGGAAGUCCCAGGCCAAGCACCUGAAUGUGCAGAUGGUGGCGUCGGAUAAGCUGGCACAGUGCCCUCCGGAAAUGUUUGACAUCAUCCUGGACGAGAACCAACUGGAAGAUGCCUGCGAGCACCUGGCUGAGUACCUGGAAGCCUAUUGGAAGGCCACGCACCCGCCCAGCAGCAACCCGCCCAAUCCCCUCCUGAACCGCACCAUGGCGACCGCCGCCCUGGCCGCCAGCCCCGCCCCCGUCUCCAACCUCCAGGUACAGGUGCUCACCUCCCUCAAGCGCAACCUGGGCUUCUGGGGCGGGAAGGGCAGCCUGGAGCAGGGGCUGAGCGCCCAGCCCAGGGUGGAGGAGCACGCGCUGUAG